AGGGCCGGCAUUGUGGGAAGAGUCUUCGACGUCGUGUAGCAUGAUGAAAAUAAAAAAUAAUAUGAUAAUUAAAUAAAAUCAAUCAAAGACUUGGUCAUACAUGAAUGGGCGAAUAGUGUUGUUAUGUCUAUUUCUUAUUUAUUAAUAGUCUGGUCAAUGCAAAACUCUCCGGCGGACGACGGACGUCAGAUUUAUAUCCGCGUAUAGUUAACAUGGUCGCUAUAUAUUGCCGGACACCAUUCGUACACUUGGAGACCAUGUUGCAAUCUAUUCGAAAUGACUUCCAAAGAGACAGUAAUAGAUGCUAGGCAUGUUCAAGACGAAGCUGAUGCCGGCCCUCCAGAUGGCGGCUCGCGUGCAUGGCUCGUGGUGGCCGGGGGCUUCCUCACCUACUUUGUGACAUUCGGUCUGCUCAAUUCCUUUGGGACAUUCCAAGCAUACUACGGACAGACGCUUCUGUCAGGCCGAGACGACAGCGAGAUCUCCUGGAUUGGCUCUCUGCAGCUCUUCCUGCUUUUCAUCGGAGGCCUCGUGUUCGGGCCAGUAUUCGACAGCAAGGGGUCAAAAAUCCUUUUUAUCCCCGGGACUGUGUUGUUUUGUCUCUCCCUGAUGAUGGUCAGUCUCUGCAAAGAGUACUACCAGUUCAUUCUAGCCCAGAGCCUGCUCUUCGGCGUGGCAGAUGCAAUGCUCUUCUACCCGACAAUCUCUGCAAUUCCACACUGGUUUAGCAGCCGUCGAGGCCUGGCAAUGGGCAUCGUCGUGGCUGGAUCAUCUCUAGGUGGAAUUGCAUGGCCUCUCAUACUAGAGCGAUUGUUCCACGUCGUCGGAUUCGCAUGGGCCAUUCGCAUUGUUGGAUUUAUUAGCCUGGCUCUACUCCUCCCAGCAUGCUUCAUGGUUAUACCUCGUUCAUUGCCGAAGGGGUCUGCAGGUAUACCCAAAGCAGACGUGGUUGCAGGCCUGAAGGAUAUACGCUACUGGCUGACCGUGGUCGGGAUGCUCUUUGUGAUGUGGGGGAUGUUUAUUCCCUUUUACUACAUCCCGCUCUUUGCCAUCGACAAGGGAAUUGACUCUUCCUUUGCAAAUGCACUGAUCUCAAUCCUGAAUGUUGGCUCGUUUGUUGGGCGUAUCGUCUCCGGUGCCCUAGCUGAUCAAGUCGGACGGUGAGUCGCAGAUGCAUACAAUCCGCACUCGCUGAUAAAAGUCCAGGUUCAAUGUCACGAUAGCAUGUUCACUCGGAUCCGGAAUCCUCGUUCUAUGCCUCCACUGCAUCCACACAAAAGGUGCAAUUGUUGCACUUACCCUGCUGUACGGAUUCACCUCCGGAGGGCUGAUCUCGCUGCAGUCUGCAUGCGUAGCGCAGAUAACGAAGAACAUGCAGAUCAUCGGCUUGAUGAUCGGCAUAAUGAUGGCAGUAUGCUCGCUAGGAGCGUUGACGGGCAAUCCUAUCGGCGGAGCUCUUG